GGCUCCUGGCCGUGGGAGGGGUCAGUGCUAGUGGUUCCGGUUCGGCUGCUGCCGCCCCUCAGCUCCUUACUUUCCCCCUCCCCUCCGCCUCCUCUCCUCCCUCCCGCUCUUGGGAAAGAGAAGCUACAGCUGCGGGUGGGUAGAGAAGCACUCGGCGCCUCCGGGAGGGGACCGCGCCCGCUCCUUUGAGCCCCAGAGCAUGCCCGUUCCAGGAGGACAGUUGAGGCCAGUACACUUUUGACUCAAUGGGGCUGAAUGGGUUAAUUUUUCCUGUUCUUGAGCUUUGUAUAAUUGGAAUAACAGGUUACAAAAUGUCCUCCUAUGCUUGAGACCUACAGACUACAUGUCCUACAGGAACUAAUCGAUGGUUUUUCAUCUCCUGGAGAUACAUUAGAAACAUAAAUAUGGUGCCAAAAGAACUCCUUAUAUUUCUCUGACUACGAUUUAUUUGGACAUACUUUUGUAUUGAAGAGAGGUAUACACACUGAGGCUACUCGUUAUACAGAGACUUUGUCGUGUAGGAUCAUGGACCAUCCUAGUAGGGAAAAGGAUGAAAGACAACGGACAACUAAACCCAUGGCACAAAGGAGUGCACACUGCUCUCGACCAUCUGGCUCCUCGACAUCCUCUGGGGUUCUUAUGGUAGGACCCAACUUCAGGGUUGGCAAGAAGAUAGGGUGUGGGAACUUCGGAGAGCUCAGAUUAGGUAAAAAUCUCUACACCAAUGAAUAUGUAGCAAUCAAACUGGAACCAAUAAAAUCACGUGCUCCACAGCUUCAUUUAGAGUACAGGUUUUAUAAGCAGCUCGGCAGUGCAGGUGAAGGUCUCCCACAAGUGUACUACUUUGGACCAUGUGGGAAAUACAAUGCCAUGGUGCUAGAGCUUCUUGGCCCUAGCUUGGAGGAUUUGUUUGACCUCUGUGACCGGACAUUUACUUUGAAGACGGUGUUAAUGAUAGCCAUCCAGUUGCUAUCUCGAAUGGAAUAUGUGCACUCAAAGAAUCUCAUUUACCGAGAUGUCAAGCCAGAGAACUUUCUGAUUGGCCGACAAGGCAAUAAGAAAGAGCAUGUUAUACACAUUAUAGACUUUGGACUGGCCAAGGAAUACAUUGACCCUGAAACCAAAAAACACAUACCUUAUAGGGAGCAUAAAAGUUUAACUGGAACUGCAAGAUAUAUGUCUAUCAACACGCAUCUUGGCAAAGAGCAAAGCCGUCGAGAUGAUUUGGAAGCCCUAGGCCAUAUGUUCAUGUAUUUCCUUCGAGGCAGCCUACCCUGGCAAGGACUCAAGGCUGAUACAUUAAAAGAAAGAUAUCAAAAAAUUGGUGACACCAAAAGGAAUACUCCCAUUGAAGCUCUCUGUGAGAACUUUCCAGAAGAGAUGGCAACCUACCUUCGAUAUGUCAGGCGAUUAGAUUUCUUUGAAAAACCUGAUUAUGAGUAUUUACGGACCCUUUUCACAGACCUCUUCGAAAGGAAAGGCUACACCUUUGACUAUGCCUAUGACUGGGUUGGGAGGCCUAUUCCUACUCCAGUAGGAUCAGUUCAUGUAGAUUCUGGUGCAUCUGCAAUAACUCGAGAGAGCCACACACACAGGGAUCGGCCAUCACAACAGCAGCCUCUUCGGAAUCAGACUGCAUCUUCAGAGCGCCGAGGAGAGUGGGAAAUCCAGCCCAGCCGGCAGACCAAUACCUCAUACCUGACGUCUCACUUGGCUGCAGACCGCCAUGGGGGAUCAGUGCAGGUGGUUAGCUCAACCAAUGGAGAGCUGAAUGUUGAUGACCCCACAGGAGCGCACUCCAAUGCACCAAUCACAGCUCAUGCCGAGGUGGAGGUAGUGGAGGAAGCUAAGUGCUGCUGUUUCUUUAAGAGGAAAAGGAAGAAGACUGCUCAGCGCCAUAAGUGACCAGUGCCUCCUAGGAGUCCUCAGGCCCUGGGGACUCUUGACUCGAUUGCACCUGCAGCUCCUGCCAUUUCUCAUUGGAAGGGACUCCCCUGUAGGGGAGGGUGGAGAUCCAAACCAAAAAGAAGAAAACAGAUGCCCCAGAAGGAGCCAGUGCGGGCAGCCAGGGCCCAGUGGGUCAGUUGCUGUCUCCGCCUGUCUGAGGCUCUGAGCAGGUCCCAGAGCUGCUGCUCCUCCACUGCUUGCCCUUGGGGCUACCUGGUUGACUCUCCUUCCCAUUGUUUACAGUGAAGGUGUCAUUCACAAAAACUCAAGGACUACUAUUCUCUUCCCUCCCCUUCUACUUUACUCCUGGUUCUUGCCCCACCCUCAACCCUCUCCAGCAUCAAAGCUAGUGAGCUAAAUGCUGUGUCUGUAGUAGGAGCUCAAGAGGCUGGGGGUGUGGCCAAGAAGGUAGCAGGAAGAUGCAGCCUGGUCCCAGAAGAUCUUCUCCACUUCCCAGGAGUGCCUGGCAGUAUGGCUUCCUCUCCCUCUGAGCAGCCUACAACCCAGCUGGCCCUAGGGUUCAGGUUUCUUCUUCCCUCCCUCCUAUGAAGUUACACUGUAGGACACAAGCUGUGAGAAAUCUGCAGUCUACUGUCCCCAUGUGUUGGUGUUCUUAGCUUUUUUGACAAACAAAUUCCUUUCUCCAGGCAGUAGCAGUACAUGCAAAUUGUUCUGAGCAAAGGAAAGAAAACUGACUUUAUUGCACUUUUAGUUUUGUUUUAGUUUUUUUUUUUAACAAAAAAAAAAAAAAGAAGAAAGAAAGAAAAGAAAACAUGGCAGAUGCAUAUUGUGUCUGUUUUUUGAGGGGGUUUUGACUUUUUUUUCUGUUUUGAGGGGGAUGGACCAGCCAAGCCAUUCAGAGAAAAUGUGGGUCCAGAGGACAUUCUCAAUGGAAACAGUUUGAUCAGCAGCACCCAGAAGAGAAGCCAAACUCUGUGUCAUUCUGAGUGAAUACUCAGGUUGGCAAGAAAACAUACUUGAAUUUUAUUCAUCUUCUCAGCUGCUGAAGAAUGUCCCUACCAGAGCCUCUUUACCUAAUCAGCCUGCAGUUUGAAAUCCUAGCUCUCCAGGAUGGAAUGAGCAGCCAAGUCAGACCGUGACCAGGAGACAGCUCAUCCCAGUGAAGGAGAUGCUUAACAAAAAAAUAUCUGAAAUGUCUGUUUCCUCCACUGCCAGGGACUUCCUAUUAUAGCCAUGUGACUUUUUGGUGACAGGAUUAGUGAUUAAACAGCCACCACUGUAUUGCCACUAUUGGACAAAAAGAAGACAGUGAACUGCCUUCCAAAUGCCAGAGAAGCCUCAGGAUGUGGCAUCAUAGGGCCAGGAAAAGCAAAUGAUAGUGUGUCCUGUCUGCCCCAAUGGCUGAGUUAUAGCAUUUGGUCUGGACUGCCUUAUCAGAAACUAAGCCCAUGAAGUUCUUUUUGAGCAGGUCCACAGUAGCAGGCUUAGAACUCAGUGCAUGGGGAUGCAGUGAAAAGGAGGGUAAGAUUGUUUGGUGCUGGAAAAUUCCAGGAAAAGGGGGCCUGAAUGAAAUGUCUAAAAUUAUAUUCUCAAUGGGAUAUAGACUCCUUCCAGAUAAGAUAGUCGAGCAUAUAAGCUUGUAUUCCCAGUACACCCUCUACCUCCCACCUCCCACCUCCCACCAUGAUCUAGUCACGUGACUUAUUACCAAAAAGCAUCUAGGUUUCUCAUCCUCUGUUUGAAAAGUUAAUGUGUGAAGUUAAUCUUCCCAUGUUAGAUUUUCAUUCAAGUUUAGUGGCUUUUCAAAUGACUCCUCUUUCCAAAUGUGACAGAAGAGAAAGGGUGAUAUCAGGGAAAGUGGUCUUGAUCUGGGAGUAAAGAGCUAACCGUGAAGAAUAAUGGCGAA